AACUGUGAGGCAGCCUUUCCGUUUUAUAUAUGUAUAUGUUCUCAUCUUUUGCAUCUCCCUGUUAAAUUGCCAUUUCACUUUGAAUCAUUCAACUCAGCUUAUGUUCUCUAUGAACUUCUUCUGGGUUCUUUAUUUUCAUCUUCCUCUUGCAUGAUUUCAGAGUUAUUUUCGUUUGAUUUAGCAUACAUGAGAAAAACAAUGAGGCCGAGGAAUAUUGAGUUCAUGUUUUGUAUGGUUUAUGACAGAGGUUAACAAGAUCCUUCUCCUUCAUUUUCUUUUUCAUCUCUUGAUUUGUUGAGUUCUCUUUUUUGCUUUAUAUGUGUAUAUAUCUCUUUACCAUGGAUGCGAUGAGUAAAGGAAAAGGAAAGAAAGGAGGCAAUUUGAUCGUGAAGACAUGGGAGAGAUGCAAAUCGAUUGGCAGAAGCGGUAAACUUAAACGCUCAGUUCCAGGUUUAACAAUGAAGAGCAAAUCAUGGCCACGCUCGGAUGCCUCAGCACGCUCGCUUGAUUACGACAAAAACAAUAACCAAAAGCGUCAGAGAAAACGCCGAGUGGCUCCUGAAGGCUGCUUCUCUGUUUACGUUGGUCCUCAGAAACAACGAUUUGUGAUCAAAACAGAGUACGUGAAUCACCCACUUUUCAAGAUGCUCCUGGAAGAAGCUGAAUCAGAAUACGGAUUCAACAGCGAAGGCCCUCUCGUUCUCCCAUGCAAAGUGGAAGCGUUUUACAAGGUUCUACUAGCAAUGGAUGCUGAAAACGAUGAGAUCCAUCAAGGUUGUGGCUUCCCCUUGAGCCAUAACUCUUAUCGCCUCCUCAGCCCCUCCAGGAUGAUUGCCAUAAACCAGUUCUAAAUCAAAUUUAAUCAUCUUUUUUCUAGUUUUCAUGUUUUCUUAGUUGUAAGUCCUCUGUUGAGAAGAAUAAAUAAUCUUGUACAAUAAUACUAAAGGCUAAUAAUAUCCAACUCCAAGCCCGCCCUUAUCUUCAUUGUAAGAUGGUGAUAUAUAAUAUCUAUCUACUGUUAUGAACAAAA